AUGGGCUCAACUGAGGCAGCAAUUGCAGCGAUCGAAUCGCUAGAACCAGGAGAACAGUUCAGCUAUCGUAAAGUUGCAGCAGAGUAUCACUGUAACCGUACAACGCUCGCGCGGAGGCAUCAAGGCAUUGCAGGCUCACGCAGUACCAUGGCAGAAAACCAGCAAGCGCUCCACCCCCAGCAAGAGCAGGAGCUCUUACGCUAUAUUGAGCGCCUUACAAGGCAAGGCCUACCUCCCUCACGGCCUAUGAUACGACGCUUUGCUUUGGAGAUCGCGAAAAAAGAGCUUAGAAAAGGCUGGGUUGAUCAAUAUAUCCAGCGCCACGACGUCCAUCUCAUCUCACGCUGGACCACUAUCCAUAGCAUCGAUCGCUCGCGCCACCAGGCUGACUCUCUAUCAAAGUAUAGCCUCUACUUUAAGCUUCUGCGCAGCAAGCUCAGCCAAUACAAUAUUGAGCCUCAUAAUAUAUAUAAUAUGGAUGAGAAGGGCUGUAUGCUAGGAAUACUUACUCGCUUAAAGCGGGUGUUCAGCAGGAGGCUAUAUGAGGAGGGGAAGAUUAAGGCUCACAUCCAGGAUAGCAAUCGGGAGUGGAUAACGCUGCUGGCCUGUAUAUGUGCUCAUGGAUCAGCCCUUGCGCCUGCGCUGAUAUAUCAAUCAGCCUCAGGCUUAAUACAAGACACCUGGCUACAGGCUCUAAGGCCAGAGGAUCGAGUGUAUAUAUCCUCCUCACCUUCUAGCUGGACGAACAACAAUAUAGGACUAUCCUGGCUUAAACAAGUGUUUAAUUAA